AUGAGCUACGACAGCGAAAGCAAUGAAGAAGAUAAAUCCAAUCAAAUAGGCCUAAAUUUCCCUGAACAGAACUCUGUUGAUCUAGAUUCUGAAACUUUUUUUAUUCAAGAGUCCCUUGUCCAUCACCACAUUGCGACUUAUCAAAUUCCUCCUCAAUGAGACCCAAGAGACUUCGAAAAUAUUGACUUAGAGGGCAUUUGUGUUGAUGAAGCGAGCUCAUACUUUGAGUAUAGCAAUAAGAGUUCUGUAUCAAAUAGCCAGAGCCAAGAAGAAAAUGCGUAUGAAGGGCAAAUAUUGGGGGCCGUAGAUCUAACACCUACUGCUAUGGUUCCAGAAAAAAAAAGAAGAAGGCUUGGGCCAGACAGCCUCGUCCUAGGGCAGUUCAAAAGAAAAAGGCAAGGAGAAAGGCCAAAAAAAGAGUAAAAUGGUUUAUGUUGAAAAAUAAAAAAUUUCCAAUAAUGAUAUCCUAUACAAAAUUCAAUAAAAACUGUAUAUGUAAGGUUGCGUGUUCUUAGAGGUCACAAAAGAGCUAAUAGGGAAAUUAUCCAAGGUCAAAUUCCUAAAAAGGGCUUGCAUGCUUUUGUCUCUAGAAAUGGUAUGUGUCUAGAUAUAUGAAAUGUUUUAAGAGCGAUCUGCCUACGGAACAUUUCAACAAUCAGCGAAAGCUGUAAAACAGAAAAUGGCCCAAAAACUGACGGCAGAGCAAAAAGAGCAAAUGUCUCUAGCAGUGAUGCCAACAGCUGCAAUAAUAAAUUUUGUAUAUUUUACUUCUCAAUAGAAGGAAUUCUUGAAUCUUAUUUCUGGUACAUAGAACUUAUUUUUGCUGAAGCAAACCCUAGCUUGCUGUGCAAUAGAUUUAAAAUGCUUUGUUGUGCUCCAGAUGGUAAGCAUUCAGAGCUAUGCGUUAAGAAAUGGCAGAGCUUGCAUUACUAUUUGAAUAAAUAUAUGAUUCGAGACCUUAAAGAAGUUACACCUUGAUUUCCUCCAGAAUACUGACAAGAAGAUACAAUUAUUGAAGAUCUUAUAAAAAAAGAAAGCGAGAGAAAUCGGCCAAAGGCUGAAAAUGAGGAAAUUCUUAACGACUACACCAGAUAA